UUGCACUGGUUGCUAGUAUCCUAAGGGACUGGCAUUAUUGACAAUUCCUUCCGAGGCUCUCUCUUCCUCUUCCUCAUCUCUUCCCAUAUGCUGUGCAUUUAACAGAGGACAAAGAGGAAGGCAACACCAGAUUACGGCCUGCAAAUGGCACAUCAUCUCAUCGUCUUAAUUUAAGGUGUUCCAGCUGACAUUCCAUGGAUCAAAUCUGGACCACAUGUACCUCUGUGAAAAGAAAAUGAAUGCUGCCAACAGCCAUGUACUUAAAGCUGGAAAAUACCAUAUCUACAUAAGAAGAAAUGAGACUUCAGGAACCCCACCUGCUAUGCCUGAGGAUGGUAAAGCAUCAAGAGGCACUGCAUUGUAUUUUUGCACAGACUGGUAGGAAAGAAGUAGAAGGUGACAUUCAUUCCCCAUAGUAAGAACUGGACUCCCUUGAGUGAAGGCUCUCAGAAUACAAAAUGCCUGGAUUUUCAGAGACUUCUACUUUAAAGACUGCGCAACAUCUGGUGUUCCAAAGGAUAGAUGUGGUGCCAGGUCAGGAAGAGAAGUAUUAUGCAGUACCUGUGGACAGUAAGACUUUGAAGUACUGAACAUGCAAGAAGAAGUGUUUUGUGACAUAUACAAUCAAAUUCCUGAGGACUUGGACAAAGCAGAGCCAAACAGGAAAAGUACCUGGAAAAACUUUAGUGACCCAAUCAGUUGAAAACUGUGGUGGAUGAGGCAUCUGAGGUCUGAACUUCACUAUUCUAAGGUCUUGGAAGAUGUGGCAUCAUACUGACAGGUGAUUGAUUGCCAUCUGGGGGCUAACAUGAGCCCACCAGACUAAUUCCACUUAUUCUGCCCAUUAACUUCUGUUGUCCCCAGGGUCAGAGGCAUAUGUACGCAUCCACUUUAUCUCUCAGCUUACAGAACAUCUCAUACUGUGAGGCUUCUAUUACGAAACAGCUACAUCAGCCUCUAAUUGUUCAGCUCUACCCUGUGUUGAGCGCUGGUGCACCUUGAGAAACAGCAUGCAGAAGCACAUUUGUUUAAGUCCUCAGAUGGUUAACGUUGUGCCUAACCUCCUCACAAAUUACAGCCUUAGCUGCAGCACAUCCAUCAGUGUGGAAGAAUGAAGAUUCCCAAGCGGCCCUGGUGCCUUUCCCAAUCCCCUCGCGCCCCGCCAAUCCUCUCCGUGCUCUCGCUGUGUGUAGGGAGUGCUCACAGCUAAUCAGGUCAAUGAUCAUCUCGCGGCUCAGGGGACAUGACAACAGCCUAUCACAGCGGUUACGCGAUCUUCCAGACCGGAGCGCAUUUGCUGAGGAUCUCGUGCUCAGAAGCAUUGCUUGGGUGCUCCUUCUCUCGCUCCCCGGGAACCUCGGAGGAUUUCAGCUUAUCUUUCUCUCUCUCCUUUAGACAGUGAAGAGUUCAACAUAAACAAACAAAUAAACAAAAAAAGGCAGCACAGCAUGCAGCUACCCGGAGGGCGCUGAUUGAAACUUAGAUUGCCCCCAGAUCACUGUUGAUUUGACUGAUGCUCCAGCUGCACCAGUGAAAAGAUUUCAAUUAAGGUCCCUUUAGAUGGAAUUUAAUGCGGCAAAACCCUUGUCAUCAGAAGGAUUAAUGCCUGCAUUAGCAUUUCCGCAAUAAAAUCAGAAGCUAAGUGGUGGAGGCCAGAGACACCUCAAACCUGGAUUCCUCUGCUCUGCAUUAAGUACUGGAGUUUUUAUUACUUGCUGUAGGGAAGCUGUUGCCAAUGCUUACAAGGAACUGCUUAUCCCUGCUUCUCUGGGUCCUGUUUGAUGGAGGUCUUCUAACGCCACUGCAUCCACAACCACAGCAGACUUUAGAAGCAGAGCCAAGAGAAAAUGUUGUCCCAGUGCCAGGGAGGAGGUCAUCUGCCCAGCGAGUCAAGCGAGGCUGGGUGUGGAAUCAGUUUUUUGUGCUGGAGGAGUACAUGGGCUCCGAACCUCAGUAUGUGGGAAAGCUUCAUUCUGACUUGGACAAGGGAGUGGGCACUGUUAAAUAUACCCUUUCAGGAGAUGGUGCAGGCACGGUUUUUACCAUUGAUGAGACCACAGGAGACAUACAUGCCAUAAGGAGCCUAGAUCGAGAAGAAAAACCUUUCUACACACUCCGGGCACAGGCUGUGGAUGUUGACACCAAGAAACCACUGGAGCCUGAAUCUGAGUUCAUCAUCAAGGUGCAGGACAUUAAUGAUAAUGAGCCAAAGUUCCUAGAUGGGCCUUAUGUUGCCAGUGUCCCAGAAAUGUCUCCAGUGGGUGCAUAUGUGCUUCAGGUAAAGGCUACAGAUGCUGAUGAUCCCACCUAUGGAAACAGUGCUAGAGUGGUUUACAGCAUUCUUCAGGGGCAACCGUAUUUCUCCAUUGAUCCGAAGACAGGUGUAAUAAGAACAGCUUUGCCAAAUAUGGACAGAGAAGUUAAAGAACAAUAUCAAGUUCUUAUCCAAGCCAAGGACAUGGGAGGACAGCUGGGAGGAUUAGCUGGUACUACCACUGUAAACAUUACCCUCACAGAUGUCAAUGACAACCCACCCAGAUUUCCUAAGAGUAUCUUCCAUUUGAAAGUACCUGAAUCCUCGCAUGUUGGUUCUGCUAUUGGAAGGAUCAGAGCUGUGGAUCCUGAUUUUGGGAAAAAUGCAGAAAUUGAGUACAACAUAGUUCCAGGAGAUGGAGGAAACUUGUUUGAAAUCACAACAGAUGAGAACACCCAGGAAGGAGUCAUCAAACUGAAAAAGCCAUUAGACUUUGAAACAAAAAAGGCAUACACCUUUAAAGUCGAGGCCUCCAAUCUCCAUCUUGACCAUCGAUUUCACUCUGUGGGUCCAUUCAAAGACACCGCCACUGUGAAAAUAAAUGUGUUGGACAUGGAUGAACCGCCGGUUUUCAGCAAGCCCAUGUACACAAUGGAGGUUUACGAGGAUACUCCUGUGGGGACCAUUAUAGGUGCGGUGACAGCACAAGACCUCGAUGCUGGCAGCAGUUCUGUAAGAUACUUCAUCGAUUGGAAGAAUGAUGGGAACAGCUACUUUACAAUAGACGCUACCGAAGGAACCAUUGCUACUAAUGAAUUACUGGACAGAGAAAGCACAGCACAGUACAAUUUCUCUAUAAUUGCAAGUAAAGUUAGUAACCCACUAUUAACCAGCAAAGUCAACGUUAUAAUAAAUGUCCUGGAUGUCAACGAGUUUCCUCCUGAAAUUUCAGUUCCCUAUGAGACAUCUGUAUGUGAAAAUGCCAAACCGGGACAGGUAAUACAGACUAUCACUGCAGCAGACAAAGAUUUGUCACCAGCUGGGCAAAGAUUUUCCUUCAGACUGUCACCUGAGGCUUCCAACAAACCAAAUUUCACAGUCCAUGACUACAGAAACAACACAGCUGGGAUUGAAACCAGGAGAAAUGGUUACAGCAGAAGGCAGCAAGAGCUACAUUUUCUUCCAGUGGUGAUAGAAGACAGCAGUUACCCUGCCCAGAGCAGCACAAACACGAUGACUAUCCGGGUCUGUAGGUGUGAUGCUGAUGGUACCAUCCUGUCCUGCAACGUGGAAGCAGUCUUCUUACCAGUAGGCCUCAGCACAGGCGCACUGAUCGCGAUCCUGUUGUGCAUUGUUAUACUUCUAGUCAUUGUGGUACUGUAUGUAGCACUACGGAGGCAGAAGAAAAAGGAUACCCUGAUGACAUCUAAAGAAGAUAUAAGAGAUAAUGUUAUCCAUUAUGAUGAUGAGGGAGGUGGAGAAGAGGACACCCAGGCUUUCGACAUAGGUGCCCUGAGGAAUCCCAAAGUGAUUGAAGAUAACAAAAUACGCAGGGACAUAAAACCAGAUACCUUGCGUUUUCCACGCCAGAGACCACCAGCAGAAGAUAAUACAGACAUAAGAGAUUUCAUUAAUCAAAGGCUGCGUGAAAAUGAUGUGGACCCAACUGCACCCCCUUAUGACUCCUUGGCAACAUAUGCCUAUGAAGGAAAUGGAUCUGUUGCAGAAUCUCUCAGCUCUAUAGAUUCACUCACUACAGAGGCAGACCAGGAUUAUGACUAUCUGAGUGACUGGGGACCUCGCUUUAAGAUUUUGGCAGACAUGUUUGGAGAAGAAGAAAGUUACAACCCUGACAAAGUCACUUAAGAAAAAGUACAAAGAUUAAAUUAAAAAAAAAGUAAACCAAUAACAAAUUAAAAAGAUAAACCUAAGCUUUAUAUUAGGACAAGACUCCUUUGAUUAUAAAAGACAGCAAUGUUUCCAGCAAUGUACUACAUUUAUCAUACUGUCAGUUUUGGUUUGAUCUGCGAAGGAAAGAUAAAUCCUGUAAUAUACACAGCUUUUUGUUGUUGUUAUUUUGUUACUUUGGAAUUACACUGAGACAAGCUCAGGCCUACUAGAUACAGUUUACUGACAUCACUUGGAAAGAAGAUAGCUUUCUGGCAUCAUGGUGGAAGAGUGGUAGCUUUUUCGUAAUUCCACUAAAGUGCCUAUUGAAACUUUUAUCAGUUAAGUGGUAAAGAGUCUGCUGUGAUGGUGUUACAAAACUGAACAGUAAAUUGGACAUAAAGGACAUAAACUCUAAGACAAGAAGCAAUAGCAACGUGCUGACUUCUAAUCAUUUUAGAACAAAUAUGAAGAUAACUUCCUGGAGUAUGUCUAAUGACUACAACUGGGGGGGGGGGGGGAGUGCUCUGUGGUUUGGGGUUGUUUAUUUUUUCUUAAAGACAAAAACAGUAUGUCAAGACAUCGUAUUUCUUCCUUCAAAAUUUCACUGAAAAUUCAAAUUUAAAAUGCUAUUGCUCACUUUGAAGAUGUAAAGACAGAAUUAAAAAAGGAAAAGAUCUUAGCACACAUCAAUGAGUAUUUAAAAUGUUCAUCAAAAUACUACAUUUUUUCCAGAAUAAUAAAAAGAUGAAAACAGCUAUUUCUUUACAUGAACAAAACAUCCCUUGGCUCCCCCUCUUCAUUUAAAACAAGACUAUUACUAGAACAUAAAAUGGAGAGUUUUUUUAAGGGUAUUAUUGUAUUUUUAGUACAAAGUCAUUUUCUUGCUUGUAAGUAUCACUAAAGAAUAUAUGUAAAGAACGCCAUAUCACUUUUCUUUGCAAAUAUAUUGUUACUCUGUAGGUACUAUAGACAUACAUAUUAUAGAGAGAGUUAUUUCAGUCUGUACAACUGACCAUUUGCUACAGUUCAGCAUAUCAUCGUAUUUUGGUGCCAGACACACAUCAGACAUUUCAGAGAGUGUUCUAAGGAUGGAAACUAUACUAAUUCAUUUUGCCAAAGUAUUCACAGAGGCAGAAUAAAAAUAUAAAACAGUAUAUUUGUCCACACUUCCUGUAUAUACCAGUGCAUAAACAUAGAAAUGCAGGUAUCAGAAGCACAGAUAGGUGCAGGGCAUUAGGCUGUGGGAGAUCUCUUGUAAAACUAUUUUAUGUGACUUUUUCUGAUGAUCUAAGGCAUUUUGUAAAACAAUGGUUUAUGGCCCCCAAAGUGCGUAUAUCCUUAUACUCUCCUGAAAUCGCUGCAUUGCUAUACAAUCUGCUUGAACUGUACUCAUGAUUAAUGGCACAGGCAAUGUCAGCCUGAGUCUUUCAUGAAUCAGAAGUCUUUUAUUCACCUCACACCUACAGCUUACCUUUUGUAACGCUGAAGAAUUAGUAACUACCAGACAUAGUUAACUCACAGGCCUGAUAAUUAACAUACACAGUGUUCCCUUUACUGAUGUUUGGACAUCUAAAUAUAUUUCAAAGUUGGUAUAAUGGCACUCCCAAAGAGAUUUAAAAAGGUGUAUAGUUAAAUAACAUUUGAAUUGUUCAGACAAUUGGGCACAAUUCAGAGCACUGUUGGCAUAGUUUAGAGCGCUGCAGAGUAAACACAGCAUAUGCUAAAAAGAAAGGGUGUUUUUUUCUGUUAUCAGAAAAGGAACCCUGUGUGCCCUGAAAGAUGAACCAAAAGCUCUCUUCUCACACCAUAAGAGAGCAGAUGGAGUGGUGAGGUCAGUUGCUAUGCCAGCAUACCAAUUUUGGUGUGGAAGGGGAUAUUUUAUUUUCAUGUAUCUUGGUGGCACAGCAGAGACAAAUUUGUACUGCAGAGUGGGCCUAAAAAGAGGGCUUUGUAGAAAACCAGGUAUUUGCUACCAGUUACAACCCAGGUUCGAUUCAUGCAAAAUUCACUCCUGUGGCAGUACCUAGCAAUGCUUCAUCAUGUAUCAAGGGAGAAUUAAAUCACUUCCCUGCUGCCAAGGCUAAAACAAGCAUCUCACGCUCUUCAGUCACAGAUGUGCAACCUUGUGGCCAAGUUCUGCUCUUAGUAACUGUUAGACACAUAUUUCACUAGCAAAAUCAACACAACUGAGAGCAGAAUUUGGCUUUCUGACAUCACAUGGCAUGCUUGCUCCUAAGAAAGUUAGAAUUGUAGGACUCUAGCACAGGCUGGCAUUUACUCUGAGCAGGACAACCUAUAGGGGAGCCUGACUUCCAAAAUGGGUAGACAGAAAAUGUGGUAUGAAACAUGCUACUAUACACAAUCCAUAUUUACCAGCAAGUUGUUAUAUGCUAAAUGAAUACCAAAUUGAUUAUCAAAUGCAUAUUUUUGACAUUUAAGAGAUUUGUAAUUGAGAUGUUUCUAUCAUAUAAUUAAUAAAUCUCCAGGAAGAUUAAAAAAAAUAAUUAAUUGGUAUGUAAUUACUGCUGUAAUUGUCCCAUAAAAUGUUAAUUAAAAUCUUUUAUUUAAGACUCUUUUUUAAAGAGUGAUCAAACAAUAUUAACCUAACAGGGGUAUUUUUGUAAACAGCUCUUUAAAACUAUGGGAAAGGAUGUCUUUUUUCAUUUAUGCACCAUCUGGGA